AAGGAGAACUGUUGUUUUACACUAUAGACUCUGACACUCUGUCAAUGAGUGGAGCUCGCGUCUUUUGUAUCACGACACCACUACUACUAAGAUCAUCAUCAUCAACCUUCUUCUUCCCCAAGAUCUCGACCCGACCCGUUUUCAGAUUAUCACCCGUAGCCAUGAGCACCACCACCACUACUAGCAAAAGCCAAGAGGAACUCGAUUCCAUUCGCAAACAGAAACGGGUCGUGCGCUCCACUGUUCGCAAAUCCCUAAAAGCCAUGGACCCUUCUCUCCGAACCCAACAAGAUGAUGCGAUUCAAAAGACCGUUCUUGAAGCUCCCUGGUUCAAAUCAUGUCGGGGAUUGUGUGCUUACAUUAGCUGCAAAUCUCUCAAUGAAGUCGACACUUCUAAAAUCCUGUCUGAGAUUCUGCAACGUCCUGAUUCAAGUACUAUGGCUAAGAAAAAGCUAUAUGUCCCUUGGGUGGAGGAUAAGAACAGUAACAUGCGUAUGCUGCACAUAUCUCAUAUGGAGGACCUCAUUGCAAACUCCAUGAACAUUUUGGAACCAGCUCCUGUUGAUGCCCAAGGGAAUGAGCGUGAGGAUGUGUUGCAAGCAGAGGAACCGAUCGAUUUGUUCAUCUUGCCAGGUCUUGCGUUUGACAGGUGUGGGCGACGUUUAGGUCGUGGAGGUGGCUACUACGACACUUUCUUGAAGAGAUACCAGAAUCGUGCGAAGGAGAAGGAUUGGAGAUAUCCACUUAUGGUUGCAUUGUCAUACUCUCCUCAAAUUCUUGAGGAUGUAAGUAUACCUGUUACACCGAAUGAUGUUCCGAUCGAUGCCCUUGUGUCACCUUCUGGUGUAUUUCCCAUUACCCCUCGGGCUAUUGAAAUAAUGUGAGCUCAGGUGCUUGUGUUUUGGAGCUGACACUCCGAUGAUUUGUUGGUAUGCGCUUGAAGGCUGGAUUUUGGAAUCAGCAAACUCAGUAUCAGCUUCUGUAAUUGCCACUAAAAGAUUUUACUAAAUUUGAUUUGAGCCUUUUCUGUAUGAUGAGAUAUGAAGUUCAAUCCAAUGGUCUUCCACCCGUUUAUUCUUAUAUCAAUCUUUUUUGCCGCACAGGAUGAUGGUUGUUGGGUUCUUUUCUUGAGCUUUGCUCAUGGGAAUUUAUAUGUACUUUUGAAAUUUUUA